GUUGAAAAUGGCCUUACUCGCGGUAGUUGUGUUAAAACCGCCUUGCGGACUAUGAAGGGAAUUGUAACCGUUAAGCUUGUACUAAUGCAGUUUAUAAAUGAUUGAUGUGAGGUUGUCAAGAUGGGAUACCGUCAGUUGGUUGAGACUAGUCUCUACCUAUGGGUGUGGUGUUUAUGUCUUCCACUUUCCUUUAAUGCACAGUCUACUUAUAUGUCGCCUUUAAAUACAGAGAAUUUUAAAUUCUCUUACAAUGUGUAUAAUGUAUCUAUACGAGAAAACUCCUACGGGAAAACCUAUGUUACCUCAUAUGAAAAAAUGGGCAUUCCUAUCUAUAACUCAAUAAUAGAAAAUUUAGAACUGAAAUAUACCCUUGAGGGUGAUGGCCAUAAAAUAUUUAAAGCAGAAGAACAUUUUGUUGGGGAUUUUUGUUUUCUGCGAGUGCGGACUUCAACGCGCAUGACAACUAAUAUAAAUCGGGAAGCUCGAUCGCAGUAUCAUCUGCGUGUGUCGGCGACAGCUACAUAUGCAGACAGUAACAAAGUGCCCGUACAAUUAAAAACGUCAGCUGAUCUCAUAGUGGAUGUAUUGGAUGAAAAUGACUUAAGUCCACUUUUCGAUCGUAAUUUCUACAGUGUUGAUGUGCCCGAAAACACUCCAUUGCAUAGUAGCAUUGCUCAAGUUUCAGCCUCAGAUGCUGAUACAGGUAUCAAUGGGGAAGUUUAUUUUCGUUUUGCCAAAAGGACAAGUAAAUUUGCUAUUCAUCCAACUAGUGGCAUUGUUACUUUAACUCAUCAUCUCCAAUACAGCUACCAAACCGUUUAUAUCUUAGAAAUUUAUGCUAGUGAUCGUGGACCAUUAUUUCGUAAAAGUCCAAAACCAAGCGUCCAUACACGUUUGGAAAUCACAGUGAUGCCUGUCAAUUAUCAUGCACCAAGCAUCAAAGUGCAAAAUCAUCCAUCAAUUAUUGAACAUGGAAAUUUAGGCAGUGUUUACGCCAUUCUCAUGAUUAUGGACCCCGAUGAUAGUGCCAAUGGUCAUAUUGCCUCCGUUGAUAUUGUUGACGGAAAUCCAGAUAAUAUGUUCAAGAUUGUACGUGGUGCCGAGCUGAACUUGUAUAAUAUUGUUGUCAUGGGUGGUCUUGAUAGAGAAACAUCACCGUAUGGAUACAAUCUGACAAUCGAUGCUAUCGAUCAUGGAACACCUCCUAAAACAACACAAACUAUCGUGCCAGUACGCAUUCAGGACACUAAUGAUAAUGAACCUAGAUUUAAACAUGAAUUAUAUGAAACAUCUAUAUCCGAAAUUGUACCUCUAAAUACCCCAGUUAUUAUCGUUGAUGCUGUUGACAGUGAUUGGGGUAAAAACUCAGAAGUGGUAUAUACAAUAGCUGGUGGAAACCAAGAUAACCUUUUCAAAAUCAGUGAACAAUCCGGGUUAAUCAGCACCAAUUCUUUCUUAGAUGCAGACAAAAUUGAUGGAGUAGUACUAAUCAUUCAUGCAGAAGAUCAGGCCAAUCCGGGUGCCAGAAAAUUUAGUGAAGCCAAAGUGAAAAUCAAUUUUCUUGACUACAAUGACAAUUGGCCAGUUUUUGACAAGAGUAAAUAUGAAGGUAAAAUUGAAGAAGAUCAACCAGAGGGAACACCGGUAUUGACGAUUGUUGCUCAUGACAAAGAUUCAGGUGAUAAUGGAACAAUCAUCUAUUACAUUCCCAACUCUCAUUUACUUCCAUUUGAAAUUGAUCAAUUUUCUGGCAAAAUCAAAACUAACGCAAUACUUGAUUAUGAAACCAUGGCUAAUGAAUUCAAAAUUACUGUCCGUGCCUCUGAUAUGGGUGUUCCCUUUCGACGGGAAGUGGAAACAAUUGUUUCUAUUAAGUUACAGAAUAUUAAUGACAACAGUCCAGAAUUUGAGGCCGUAAAUUGUACAGGCUUCAUGCUUCAGGAAACGGCUAAAGAUACUCAGAUUACAGUAUUAACGGCAAUAGAUAUGGAUGCCGUUGAUGUAAUUAGUUAUCGCAUUAUCGAUGGUAACGGGUUAAAUUGUUUUGGAAUUGAACCAUCAACAGGUGCUAUUUUCUUAAAAUGUGAUGUCUCUCAUUAUCCUGAUGUCGAUAGUUUUAGUUUAAUGGUGGCUGCGACAGAUGAUAAACAUUUCUCAAAACCCACUACUAUUAAUAUGACUGUAAUGAAAAGCAAGCAAGAUUUACCACAGGAUAUUAGUAUAACUUGUACAGAAACAGAUGUGAAAAAACGACUAGAAAAAAAUUAUCAAUUACAAACAUCCUCUAGAAAUCAGCAUGUGAAUGAUGUAUCCCCCACCCCAGAAACACUCCUGGCCAAUGACCAUACUCCAGAAUUUAAAGCAAACAUUCCUACAUAUAUUGAAGUACAGGAGGAUUUAGAAGUAGGUUCAACAAUAACAAUGCUACAAGCAGAUGACCCUGAUUCUGGUUAUAAUGGCAAAUUGGUUUAUGGUAUUGCGAAGGGUAAUAAAAUGGGAGCUUUUAAGAUGGACACUUUUAGUGGAGCUUUGAAAUUAAUGUCUUCCUUAGAUCGCGAAACUACUGCCAGCUAUCAGUUAGAUAUAAGUGUUUUCGAUCUUGGCUUUCCUAGUAAAAACAUGACAACGACCCUUCGUAUUGGUGUCAGUGACGUCAAUGACAAUAAGCCAAUUUUUGAUAAAGAAUCGUAUGAGGUCGAUAUUUCUGAAGAUCAGCUUAUAAAUACAACAGUUAUUUCUAUCAUGGCUAAGGAUGCUGAUUUGGGUCCCAAUUCUCGAAUUCAUUACUCAAUUUUAACUGACACGCAGAAGUUUAACAUUGACCCAACUGGUGGUAUAAUUCGAGUCAACCAACCCCUAGAUAGAGAAAAACAAAGUGUUCAUAAGUUGAUGGUACAGGCAGAAGAUUCUGGAACAUCUGUUAAGUUGGCUUCUCAGAUACAAGUUGUCAUCAAUUUAGAUGAUGUCAAUGACAACACACCUAAUUUUGUUCCCUCCAAUUACAUGGUCAAAGUUCGUGAAGAUUUACCUAUUGGAGCCCUUGUCACUAUUUUAACUGCUGAAGAUUUAGAUAGUGGUAAAAAUGGACGCAUAACUUACACUAUCCAACAUGGGGCAGACGGUAAAUUUGAAAUUGAUGCAGAAACAGGUGUGGUUCGCAUUGCUGGUACUUUAGACUAUGAAGAUAAGCAGCUUUAUAAUGUAAGUGCUCGGGCUGAAGAUGGUGGAAAUCCCCCAUUAGCGACUGGCUGUCUAAUAAACAUAGAAAUAGUGGAUGUGAAUGAGAACUAUAUUCCCCCAAAUUUUGAUAAUUAUGUAGUGGUAGGUCAAGUUAGAGAAAAUGAGAAGAUUGGAACCUAUGUUAUGACUGUUGUAGCAAAAGAUGAUGAUGGUAUUCCUGGUAAAGACCCUAUCAUAUACUCUAUACGAGAUGGUUCAGGAUUAGGACGAUUUACCAUUGAUGAUAACGGUGACAUUAGAACUACCCAGGUUUUAGACAGAGAAACUACAUCACACUACUGGUUAGCUGUAUACGCCCAGGAUCGUAGUCUGGUACCACAGUCAUCUAGAUUAGAGGUUCUCAUCAACGUGGUAGAUGUCAACGACAAUGUUCCGAUGAGCGUUGAACCAGGAUAUUACACAUCUGUAGCGGAAGGUGAAACAGACAGGAAUAUUGUUAAAAUUCUAGCGAUAGAUUACGACUACAAUCCUAAUGAACGUCUGUAUUUCAAAAUCACUGGAGGAAAUCCACAGAAUUUUUUCCAGAUACAUGAAACUGAUGGAACAAUUUCAACAACCAGUAGAAAACUUGAUCGGGAAGCACAAGAAGAGCAUGCAUUAGAGGUGACCAUAUCUGAUAAUGGCCGACCAGUAUUACAGUCAACUACAAGAGUAAUUGUUAAAGUAACAGACAUCAAUGAUAAUAAACCAAGAUUUCUGCAACAUGUCCAGAAAGCCUACAUCCGUGUACUGGAAUCAACAUCCAGUAGUGCCAAACCAAUUUAUCGUGUUUUGGCGAAAGAUAAAGAUGAUGGUCCAAACUCCUUUAUUACAUACACAUUGAGCAAACAGAAGAAUUUACCAUUUAGUGUUGACAGUAGUACAGGCAAUAUCUAUGCCAUCAGUGGUCUGAUCACUGGUCGUACAUAUGACCUUAAUGUUAAAGCUACAGAUCAUGGUUCACCACCACGUAAAUCACAAACCCGAGUUUAUAUAUCUGUUAUAUCUAGACCUACUAUAUCACAAUCACCACCACAGUUUCAACAAAAUACAUAUCAAGCUUUUGUUACAGAGAAUGAUAUAGUUGGUCAUUUAGUUACAGAUGUUACAGCUACUGAUGAUAAUGAUAAACUAUGGUACUCUAUUGAAGGUGGAAAUGAGAACCAUACCUUCACCAUCUUACCUAGUACAGGUACCAUAUUAUUGGCUAGAACCGUCAACUGGGAGAAGAAAUCAUCAUACAAUCUGACAGUUUGUGCUACAGAUGGUAUUCACACUAAUUGUACCUCGGUGUAUGUGAAAGUUAUUGACGUCAACGAUAAUGAACCAGUCUUCUCUCAAAAUACGUAUUUAGCAGAAAUCUCAGAGAGUGCCAAGGUUGGCCAAUCAGUCUUGAAAUUGUCAGCUACUGAUGCAGAUGAAGACAACCGUGUGUUCUUUACAAUAACUUCAGCAGCUAAUCUGAUUAGUCAGAAGUUAUUUGAAAUAGAUGAGACAAGAGGUGUUAUAAAAGUAGCUGAUAGUCUAGAUAGAGAAGCACUGUCUCGACAUAUUUUAACUGUUAUGGUGAAUGAUCUUGGUACUCCAACAAAACGUAGCUAUGCUAGAGUCAAGAUAACAGUACUGGAUCACAAUGAUCAUAAUCCUGAAUUCCUGUCAUCAGUAUUCUCUGGAAGAGUUUAUGAGACGUCUGCUGUAGGCACGUCUGUCGUUGAGUUGAUAGCAACAGAUAAAGACAAGGGAGAUAAUGCUGAAAUAACUUAUACUAUUAUAGCAGGUAAUGCUGGAGGAACUUUUAGUUUGGACGGUAAACUUGGUCUGGUUUCAGUUGCUAAGGAACUGAAUAGACAUAAUCAGGAAGGAUAUCAGUUAACUGUUUCUGCUACUGAUCAUGGCAUUCCACCACGCUCCAGUACAGCUACUGUCAAUAUUCAUGUAACAAUUUCAAACAAUUCCCCACCUAAAUUUUCCAAAAAAGAAUAUAUGGCUGAAUUGGAAGAGAACCAACCAAUAGGAUCCAUUGUCUUAGCUCUUCAAGCCGUUAGCCAAUCAUCUAUAGUGUACCAUAUAAUUCCAAGUCAAGCAGACGCAUUCUUCACCAUUAAUCCAAAUUCUGGUGUUAUCUCUUCAAGAAGAGAAAUUGACUAUGAAAAGAAUCAAUUCUUUAAUUUUACUGUGACCGCUACAAAUAUGGUAGAGGCUAAAUCAGAAGUCAGUAUUGUCAUCCACAUUUUGGAUAUAAAUGACAAUCACCCAGUCUUCCUGAAGAGUGUAUAUAUUGGAGAAAUCCGGGAAUCGGCUCCUAUUAACAGCCUAGUCACAGAUAAAGCCAAAUCUCCACUGGUUGUUCAAGCUAAAGAUGAUGAUUAUGAUGCUAAUGCUCUUCUGCGAUAUGAAAUUAGUGAUAAUGAAGCUAAAAAUUACUUCACUAUUGACCUAAAUACUGGAACUCUUCGUACAAUCACAGGUUUAGAUCAUGAAACUAUCAGUUUGUUUAAUUUCACCAUCCAUGUUUAUGAUGGCGGCAAACCAUCCCUCCAGGCUAACACACCAGCAACAGUUAUUAUUAAUGUUCUGGAUGUAAAUGAUUCUCCUCCACGAUUUCCAACUCAUACCCACAUGGCUAAAGUUUUGUUACCGACAUAUAAAGAUAUCACUGUGAUAGAACUGAAAGCCUCAGACCCAGACGGACAAGAGAAUGAUAUACUAACCUAUAGCAUUGUGGGAGGUAAUGAUAGAAAUAAGUUUGCCAUUAAUCCACAAACGGGCGUGAUCAUAAUUCAAGAUGAAACCAACAUGAAUCCAAACUACAACUUAAGAGUAAUGGUCAGUGAUGGCAAGUUUCAAACCACCGCCAAUAUUUUUGUGACGGUGGAGAACUCAGUUGAUAGUGGACUCAAAUUUACUCAAGACAGAUACACAGUUCAUCACGGAGAAAAUUUGAAGAAAAUAGAAUCUCUGAUUAUUGUUCAACCAGUCGGCCAUUCUAUAAACGAACAUUUCACAUUCCAUCUACUCAAUAAUCAAGAUAAGUUUACUGUCGGACUAACGUCUGGUGUGGUUUAUACAAAAGGUGUGGCGUUUGAUCGUGAAUUAAAAGAUAAUUAUACAGUGGUAGUAGCAGUAGAAGAUUCACAGACACCACCACGUUAUGCUCAUGUAGUAGUUAAUGUAUUAAUUAAUGAUGAGAAUGAUAAUACACCAAUGUUUUUAAAUCAGCCAUAUUAUUCGGCUGUUUCUGUUGAAUCUAAAGAAGGAGAUGUCAUUAAAAAGGUAAUGGCUAUAGAUAAAGAUAUAGGAGAGAAUGGUAGAAUAACCUAUAGAUUAAUUAGAAGUAAAACAGAUAAAUUCGCUAUAAAUCAAUAUACAGGUGAAAUAGUUGUACAAAAAUUAACUAUUGAUGAUGAAAACAGUGUGGUUAUGUUAACAGUUGAAGCUCGGGAUAAUGGAAAUCCAUCUCGUCAGGCUGAAGCUGUAGUACCUAUAAAUAUAGUUAGUAGUUAUAGUCCUAUGUUUGAUAAACAGUUCUAUAAUAUAAGUGUAUCAGAGAAUAUAGGUUUAUAUACACCAGUUACUAGUAUACAUGCUGUUAAUCCUACCAGUAAAAAACUUAUAUACUCUAUCAAUAAUGGUAAUGAUCAAGGAGCUUUUGCUGUCGAUUUCAAUACAGGUUUGAUAUCAGUAAUGGGUGAAUUAGAUUAUGAAACAAAGAAAGAAGAUAAUCUUACAUUGAGAGCUACUGAUGUUUAUACUGGAAAUUAUGCUGAAACUAGAGUUCUGUUAUAUCUGAAGGAUGUUAAUGAUAAUGCUCCAGUGUUUAAAUCAAUGAUUUACACAGACGCUGUUUCAGAAGCUCUAAUGGUUGGAUCCUCCAUUUUAACCGUCUCGGCAGACGAUGCAGAUUCUGGCAUGAACAAAAUAAUAAGUUACAGUCUGGCACCAAAUGAGAUGCACAGCCACGAUGUUGAUCAUUUUCAUAUCAACUAUGGAACUGGUGACAUAUUCCUUCAUAAAAAAUUAGAUUCAGAAAUACAGAAAGAUUUCCGUUUUUUAGCUGUUGCUACAGAUGCAGGCAUGCCAGCGUUAAGCUCAACUGCACUAGUUCACAUUAUGGUUUUAGAUACUAACGACAAUGCUCCUAAAUUUACUCAGAUAUCCUAUGAUUGUAAAAUAACUGAUCAAGCUCAACGUGGACAGCUAGUUACACGAUUAUUAGCCAUAGAUGACGACACAACAGACGCCAACAACUUAGUUUAUUCUAUUGUCGGUGGCAACGAGAAGCAGACAUUCUCUAUUCAUUCAUCAUCUGGAUUGGUCAGUGUUUCGGAACAGAGGAAACCCAUAUUUCAACCAAUUCAUACUCUUAAUGUAUCUGUAACCGACACAGUUUAUACUUCAUACACAAGACUCACUAUAACAGUAGUAAACACCAACAAGAUCACUCCUCAUUUCUCUCAACUUGAUUAUAAUGUUGAAUUCUCUGAGAAUCAAGCUGUAGGUAGUCUUGUGGGUGUGGUGUCAGCUGAUGACGAAGAUCGAGGAGAUUAUGGAUUGUUGACAUACACUAUUGUCAGUGAUGUCAUGAAAGAAAUAUUUCAAAUAGAUGCUGACACAGGUGAAGUAUUUAGUAAAUCUAUAUUAGAUAGAGAAGACAGAAGUAAAUAUGAUGUAUCUAUAGCAGCAACUGAUAAUGGUGGAAAGAUGAACUAUACAACUUUACAUAUCACUGUUACAGAUGAAAAUGAUAAUCUACCAUUAUUUAUUAUCAAAGAAUAUAUGGCAAAUGUUUAUUCUGAUGCCCCUAUUGAUACUGAGAUAUUAAAGAUACAAGCUGUAGAUUUAGAUGAAGGAUCUAAUGGUAAUAUUAUAUAUAGUAUAUAUCAAGAAGAUGAUCCUGAUAUAAGUAAUAUAUUUACUAUAAAUAGUCAUACUGGUAGUCUUACAGUUAAAUCUACUCUUAUAGAAAAAGAAAAUGCUGUUUAUCAGUUCUUUAUAAGAGCUAAAGAUGAAGGUGGUUUACCGUUAAAAAAUCACGUACCUGUCGAAAUCCUUAUCUUGGGACACGAAGAAACACCCCCAAGUUUUGAUCAACCAAACUAUGCCUUCUUUAUUGGUGAAAAUGCAAAAGUGGGGAAUACUAUUGCAACAUUGAAAGCAGAGGGUGUGGGUUUAAUUUACAGUAUUGUAGCUGGAAACACUAAAGCUACUAAUGUUCCACCAAAAUUUAGCAUUAAUGAAUCCGGACAAAUAAACAUCAUAGAAGAAUUAGAUCGAGAAACUGUCGAUACCUUCACACUCACAGUCCGUGCAGAAACACAGACCUCUCCAGCAUUGGUUGGAAACACAGAAGUUGUUAUUAAAUUAAGGGAUGUAAAUGAUAAUGUACCAAUCAUCCAAUCAAAUCCAUACUUUAUAACUGUAGUAGAAAAUACAGUACCUGGUACACGUCUGCUUCAAGUCAAAGCAGACGACAAAGAUGAAGAAAGUUAUUUGGAAUAUAGGUUUGGUCCUGCUACUGCUGAAAUAACUAAUGUUUUCAGUAUAGAUGCCGAAUCGGGCUGGAUAACGUCACUAACAUUACUAGACCGAGAAGAACAGGAUGAAUAUAAUAUCACGAUUAUUGUCAUAGAUAAGGUUGGAGAGAUAACUCAUACUGCUACUUCCUUUGUAAUUAUAACAGUUACAGAUUUUAAUGACAACCCUCCCAAAUUUGAACGUUCACAAUAUAAAUCAUCAGUGAAUGAAGAUGCUGAAGCAGAUAUCAUAUUUUUGUCUGUAAAAGCCACAGAUAUUGAUUUUGGACAAAAUUCAGAAAUAACAUACUACAUCGUGAAUGGAGAUAAACUUGGUCAAUUUGAUGUCAAUAGAAAUGGAGAUGUGUUUGUGACUAAGAGAUCAUUAGAUCGUGAAAGUAAACAUCAUUAUGGUUUAACUAUUGCUGCUACUGAUGGAGCAUUUGUCAGCUAUUCAACAGUAGAAAUAGAUAUACUAGAUGCUAAUGACAAUACACCUGUAUGUACAAAGUUGAUGUAUGUAAUAUUUGAACAAGAAGAUGUACCUGUUGGUUAUAAAAUUAAAUCUGAACAAAUACAAGCUACUGAUGCUGAUGAUCCUGAAACACGCAACUCACAUAUAGAAUACUUUCUAUUAGGUGAUGGUGCAGAUUCUUUUGAUCUGGAUAAAACUACAGGAACUUUAACAACAGCUAAAGAACUAGAUCGUGAAACACAAGAUAAAUAUUAUCUAUUAGCUAAAGCUGUAGAUGGUGGUGGUCUAUCCUGCACAUCUGAAGUUAACAUCUAUAUUAAUGAUGUCAAUGAUAAUGCACCUGAGUUUACAUUAACCGAGAAUAUAUUUAGUAUACACGAAGAUGCUAGAAUUAAUACAUUAGUUACAAGAGUUACAGCUACUGAUAAAGAUAUAGGUGUCAAUAGAAAGAUUAUCUAUGGUAUUGUUGGUGAAGCUAAAACAAUAUUUAAUAUAGAUUCUAACAGUGGUGUUAUUAGUCUUAUUAGACCAUUAGAUAGAGAAGUCAAUGCUGAACAUAAUAUUACAGUUACAGCCAAAAAUCUGGGUCCACAACCUCUGUUUACAUCAACUGUAUUACGAGUGUUAGUACUAGAUGUUAAUGAUAAUGAACCUGAGUUUGAGAGAACAAGUUAUUAUGUAAUGGUAGAAGAGAAUUCAUCAUUAUCAACUAGUAUUAUACAAGUAACAGCAUCUAGUUUAGAUAUAGGACAGAAUGCUAAUAUAACAUAUUCUAUAGUUGCUGGUAAUGAACAGAAUAAAUUCUCUAUACAUAGUGCAACAGGUGUGGUGAAUGUUAAUGAACCGUUAGAUUAUGAGUUGUCAAGAGAAUAUUUUAUCACAAUAUUAGCUAGAGAUCAUGGUACACCUCCAUUGAGUAACACAGCUAUUAUUAAUAUCAAUAUUACUGAUAUCAAUGAUAACAAACCAAGAUUUUCACAGACAUCAUAUAGUAUUUCUAUUAGAGAAGAUAUGCCUGCUGGUGUUGAAGUCAUGAAAAUUAUAGCUACAGAUGAUGAUGGUGAAUUAAAUAAUAAAUUAACAUAUAGAAUAGCUACUGGUGAUCCAUAUGAUCAGUUCUCUAUAAACCAUCAAAAUGGUUCUCUACUUAUACAGAAGGAACUAGACAGAGAAAUGAUUCAGACUUAUAUACUAGAAAUAGAAGUAAGAGAUUCUGGUAUGCCGGUAUUAUCAAGUUCUACAUUAGUAAAUAUUAUAGUACUUGAUGCUAAUGAUAAUGCUCCAUUAUUUGCACAACCAAAUUAUACAGCUUAUAUACAGGAGGGUAGUAAAGCUGGAAUACAAAUCCUCAAACUGACUGUUACUGAUGAUGAUGAGAGUGAAAAUGGUGGCCCAUUCUCUUUUGAUAUUAUCAAUGGUAAUGAUGGGAAAGAAUUUCAUAUUAAUGCUGAUGGUGUGUUGUUAACGUCUGGUAAUGAACUGAAGAAGAAGGUGAAGGAAAUGUAUACACUGACAGUUCGUGCCUUUGAUAAAGGAUCCCCAGUUUUAUUUUCUGAUGCACAUAUAGAAAUUCAUGUAGUAGAUGAAAGCAUGUAUCCACCACAGGUUCGAAAUCUUUCCAUUUCUAUUGGUUCGUACCUUGAUAAAUUUUUAGGAGGAGAAAUUGGAAAAGUCGAAGCAUUUGAUUCUGAUCCUUAUGAUGUACUCAUUUACAACAUUGUUUCUCCUAAUCGUCAUCUUUUUGAGAUACACGAAGCUGAUGGAAGGCUUUUAGCAAAACCAGGAUUAGAUGCAGGAACAUAUCAAGUUAAUGUUAGUAUUUCAGACGGCAAGUUUUUCUCCCACAGCCUUGUUAAAGUUGAUGUAAUGGCCAUAUCAGUAGAAAUGAUGGACAGCUCUGUUACCAUUCAAUUUGAUAACAUGUUUCCAGAACAGUUUUAUGCCAGUUACAUGAAAGACUUUAAAAGGGUCUUGAAGAAAGAGUUAAAUGUCCGAGGCAAGGAUAUAGAAAUCAUCAAUGUCCAGCCAUCAAACAAAAGUAUCUUAAAACGCACUCAUAAAAGAUCACUGAGUAACAACCUAGAUGUUCUAUUUUCUGUUAAAAAAUCUACGGGUAAAUACUUCAACAAAAACUCUUUAAGAAGGAAGGUAGAAAGAGCUAGGGAUGCCAUAGAAACUGGAAUGAAUGUUCGUGUAGAGAAAGUAUUUAAUGAUAUCUGUGUACGAUCUAUGUGUGAGACUGGUACCUGUGUCAGCCAUCUUGUUUUUAAUGAUGAUAAUCUGAUUCCUGUAACUGUUGGAGAUGAAAGUUUUGUUUCUGCUACACAUCGAUAUGUUUAUUACUGUAAUUGUACAGACGGAACAUGUCUGGGUGUAGUUUGUGGUGAUAAGAAAUGUCCAGCUCAUCAAGUUUGUCAUAAAACCAACAAUAAUCGGUUUUCUUGUCGUUGUCCGGAGGGUAAAACUGGAGUAACAUGUGCUGAUAAUCUACAUCCUCUAUCCGUCUGCUCAGAUGCUAGUUGUAGUAAAGGCAAUCGACCAAUGACAUUUAAUGGUAGAAGUUAUGCCAGAUGGACAUUAACAGAGACAACAGCCGAGAGAUUAACCAUGUCUAUGAGAUUCCGUACAAGAAAAUCUGACUGUAAUCUGAUGUACACUAAAGGUCGUGUUGAUUACAGUAUAUUGGAGAUUAAAGAUAAUAAUUUACAAUAUCGUUUUAACUGUGGAUCUGGUGAGGGGUAUGUUACUGUACCUGUCGAUGUUAGUGAUGGACAAUGGCAUAUAAUAAUGGUGGAAAGAAAUGGUCGCAUUGCGGAACUAUUCUUAGAUCAUGGAUAUAAAGCCAUUUCAUCGGCACCAGGAAUUAAUGAUAAGCUCAACCUAGAUUCUAUGGAUGUGUAUUUUGGAGCAGAAGUGUCUAUUUUCCCUGAAGGCUAUCAUGAUAUUAGGAAAGGUUUUGAAGGUUGUAUAGAAGGGAUAAGAAUGUUUAAUAUACUUCUGCCAUUUACUGGUACCAAUAGAGUUGCAGUUACCCAGAAGUUUCAAGAUGUUGAAUUUAAAUGUAAAGAUUAUAAACCUGCACCUAUAGGAAAUAUAUGUAGUAGUCAUCCUUGUAUGAAUGGAGGUACAUGUCAUUAUAGACAGUAUAAUUCUUACAUCUGUAACUGUAAACCAAGAUUUCAGGGUCGUAAAUGUGAAAUAGAUUCAAAUUCAUGUCAAGAUAAUCCUUGCUUUAAUAAAGGAAUUUGCUUACUUGAUAGAAAAGUUAUAAAUGGCUUUACAUGUACAUGUCCCGAUGAUCUGAAAGGAAAACAGUGUGAAUAUGGUAUUUAUUGUAAACCAGAUACAUGUAAAAAUGGUGGCAAGUGCAUUGAAGGAAGAAAUGCACCUCUUUGUCACUGUACAUCCAGAUAUGAAGGUUUAUAUUGUGAUAAGAUGGUGGAUCAGUGUAUUGUUAAUCCAUGUGAGAAUGGUGGUACAUGUAUCAACCGAGGUGAAGAUUAUGAAUGUAGCUGCAUCAGAGAUAGAGCCGGUCGUCAUUGUGAAGAAAUCAUUACCGUUAAUUCCUCCAUUAAGAUAUCACUACACCUUAUCUACAUUUUUAUUGCUAUUGCAGUGGCUGUUAUCCUGUUUUUUGCUAUCGUUGUCAUUAUUUGUUGUAUCUGCAAAAGACGAAGACGUAAGAAUCGUAGACGCUCUGGCAGAAGUUCUGAAGGAGAAACAGUUCGAAUGCUGGAUGAUAAGAGAUCAAACAAAAAAUUAAGUGGAGAGGACAUCCAUAUGGAUCGUUACCCUAGCAGUCCACCGCCCGUUCCAGAUCGACCAGUUUCUUACACUCCUAGCAACCAUGAUUCUAUGAAUACAUUGAAUAAUUUUGAUACUGUUGGAAAUUAUGGUAGUGCCGCAGAUGGAUUGCAAAGGAUGGGCCUCCACAACAUUCACAGUUUUACCCCAGCAGAUGUAUAUACUCAUAAGUUUGGUACACCUCCUGUUGUUCAAAAACAAUAUUACUCCACCUUCCAAUCUCCACCAUCAAAUCCUGCUUCUGAUACAGAUUCUAUACAAAAAGAUCCACAAGAAUAUGAAUAUCCUAACUUUAUGGAAAAUUAUCCAGUUGAAAAGAAACAUCAAGAUAAGAUGACUAUGAAAUUGCUACCUGGUAUGAGCCCUAAAGUUAUACGUAAUGCUCUAGCUCGACAAGAUGCUAGCUCUGUUAGUAGUUUACCUGUAUCAGAGUCUGAGGAUGAUUUAAAUGCUAAAAGAUGGCGGCGAAAAGGCUAUCAUUGGGAUACAUCUGAUUGGGCACCAAAACCAAAUUUACCAAAUAUCAGUGAACUACCGUCAGCUGAAGUACCAGAUUCCCCUUGUUCUAGUGCCCAUAGUAAUGACUCUAAUACACAUGUAGAUUUAGGUGUGGAAUCAGAUUAUAAUGGUAACGAAUCAGAAUAUGUUGGAGAUUCAGAAUUUGCAGAAGAAGGUGAAGAUAACGAACAUCCUCCUCCUGAAUAUGACGAAUAUCCAAAUUAUCAACGUAUACUGAAUAUACCUGAUGUGGAAGUAGAAGAAUAUCAACUACCCACCAAUCUUCAACAUAUGACACCAGAUCUAUAUCUACCAGGGUUUGAUAUUAACGGCAGCAAUGAUCAGGAAGCCUUUCUUGACCACUUUACAGACGUUGAUAGUCAUCCUUUCAGUAAUGAUGGAGACAAUAAUAGUGUUAUUAAGGUACAAUUAACUCAACCAUGGCAACAACAUUAUUUGAGCCAACUGAGUGAUUAUAAUACAGACAAUGAACGCUCGUCGCUAUCUUUGAUGGACGACAAUAGUGUUUCCAUGGGAGGUAAUCUAUCUCGUAAUAAUUCCUGUUCCGAUAUUUCGGGAUUAUGUGAUUUUGAGGACAGUGAAAUCAAUGCAUCAGAAAGUGAGGACGAUGGGGCUACAUCCAGGUUAUUACAGCCUAGCUUACAUUCGCGAGUUUAACCUUCUCUUGAGGAUGGAAAAUACCCCAUGUUUCAAAAACUCCUCAAUGACAUUACCUAUUGACUGAGGAAUUGAAUGUUUGCACAAAGGUGUUGUGAUUUAAUGGAUUUAUGGUGCAAUGUAUUUUAAAAAGUCUUGACGAUAAAUGGCUUUUAAAUAUUGGGGGGUGGGUGGAUUGCCCUGUCAAAACCCAGGAACAGACAAACUAUAAAAAAUCUGGUGGGUUUUUUUUAUUAAGCAAAGAAAUAUCCUUUUUAUAGAUCUGAUUAUCUAUGUGGAUGAGAGAAUUUUAUAACAACAUGAAAUAACCGAUUUCAUUAAAAUUUUAAUCAUACAUGUCUAUUUAUAGUAUCCAUUAUUUAUAUGUUUUUAUAUCAAUGCAAUUGCAUACUAAUUGCAUAUUAUGCAUUUUCAUGGUUGUGAUGUGUACUUUUUUAAAUGACAUUAUAUUCAUGUAAAGUGAGAAGGGCGUGCCUUGGAUGGCAUGUAACAAUCUUCAACAUUAACAUGUACAUUUUUUAUGUCUAAAAUCAGCAGAAUUGUUAUCACAGUCAGUAAACUGACACAAUAUGUGUAUUAAAUUACAUUAUAUUAUAAGUACUUAAUUACCUAGAUACAAUAAGCUUAUCAGCUUUAAAAGAAUCUUCAGAUAUUGAUAUUAAGAUACAAUGCCAGUAAUUAAUAUAUUUUUGAGACAGUUUUAAAUUAUGAUAUAUAUAUAGAUUUAAUAUAUGUUCUCCUUAAAGACACAGUUUGCUGGAGGUACCUAUUUAUAAUGAACUAAAACUAAAUAUGGUUAAUUUUUUGAUUAGACCUUUAACACUAUGAACUAAUUCUACAAUACACCUUUAAACAUCUUUCUGCGGAGAAAUUCAUUCCCUGACGUUUCCACUGAUAUUCAACAUAAGCUUACGUCUAAUGCUGAAACUUCCAAUCAACUUUAUAUAACUGGCAAAAGAAUCUCAAGAAAGGGUACAGCGUAUAAACAACAUAUUAUUUUAGCAGGCCACAUGUAAUCUAUAGCUUAUAUCAUAGUAGAUUAUAUAUAUCUCAUACAUGUUACAUAGUAGCUAUCGGGGAGCGAUAAUGUAUAUUCUUAUAUAUUAAAACAUGGUUGUAAUUAAUAUUUUUUGUAAGUAAAGAAAACCUUGUUUCAUGAUUGAAAUUAAUUCCAUGCAUGUCUAUUAGACUAAUCUAUUUAACUUUCAUCUAGAAAGCUAUUUAAAUGUUAAAAUUAGGUCACUGAAUAAUUUGUUUUCAAAUAUGGCUCAAAUUUUAAUUUAAUAGAAAUGGUUAGUCAGUGCUCAGAAUUUAAGAUUGAUUGGAAACUGUUGUGACAAGAUUAAACAUUAUGUUUUUUAUAUUAUCAUACAUGUACUGUCCUUGAAAUGAUCUCAUUCAGAUUGUCAACAUGAAUCAAAAUCAUGAAAAGAAUUUGACAUAAAUCAAAUUUACGUCUCAGUUGUCUUGGAAAACAUUUUGCAUUUUCUUCAUCACAAAGCUUACUGAGUUAACGCAAAAAUAAUUUGUUAAAAAAUAUAUAUUUGAUUUUAAAUUAUUCAAAUACAUUUAACACUGACUAUCUCUUUUGAAGAUUGGAUGACAAGGUAGCCUAACAUGAUUUUCUGAAUAAUUUUAAUUUUAAUAUAGGUUUUCUUCUCCAUUAUAAACCAAGAUAAUAAUUUCUAAUUUUUGCAUUUUAUGUAAGAAUGAUGGGAGUAAAAAAGAUAUACAUGGUAUAUGUGUUUUAUUAAGAGCAUGUUAUUAUUGUUGUGAUUUUUAAAUAAAAGAACUGUGAAAAGUGUUUAAUUUUAAUAACAUGUUAGGUGUUUAUUACUGUUAUAGUCUUUGAUUUCUUCUGACAUGUCAUUGUGUUUCCUGCACUCUUUAUACAUAUUCAAUCUUUUAUCUAGGUACAAAAAAUGAAACUAGUGAUUUCAUUAUUAUAACUUUCUUGGGCUUCAGCAUACUCUCUGCACAUACCUAAAAGACAAUUUAAUGAGAAUAUUUGUCUUGUGUUUAAAUUGUAAAAUGUAUCUUCUUCAAGAUCUUAAGCUUAAUAUAUAUAUAUAACCGAUUUAAAUCUUAUUUCAUUUAAAGAGUGCUGAUUUUCUGGCCAAAACCAUUUUCAUUAUUUCAUUUAUUAUCCUAUUGUCUUCCUGUCUUUAAUUGUGACAUCUGUGCCAAAGAUUGAACCCCUUAAGAAAUCAAAAUCUGAACCUUUUUUUGUAUUUUAUGUUGUAAAACAGUCACCUAAACUAUGUUUUAGUAUAAAAUAAUUAUUAUAAAUAUAAGUCAGCUUUAAUGGGUUAGGUUAUUAAUAGUACCAUAGUUUCAAAAUAGAGACUAGCCUAGAUUAUUUUUGUUUGUUCUAUGCAGGGUCAGUGACCACCAACCAACAUUUGGAUUUGUCUAAAAAAAAAAUUUAUAUGUUAAGGUGACAAACAUAAAUUGUUUUCUUGGAAGCCCUAAAAAAUUAUUGUUCAGAUCUAUCUAAAAAUGAACCAUGUACUUAAAUUUGGCACUAACUAGAAUACAGAAUAUCGUUUGGGGUAUGCAUAGAAAUACAUUUAUUCUUUGCCCAUUUAUUUGGUUUGUAGCAUUAAUUUAAUUGUCUUCUUAUUGGUGUAGAAGCCUCUUUUUUUUAGCUUGAGGUUCAUUUUGAAUAUUUCUACAUGGACAUAUGACAUUUUAUUUUGAAAGAAUCAUCAUCAAGUCCUGUCAAUAGAUUUCACUCUGGGUGGAUGCAUUUAGCUCAAUUAAUUUUAACAAUUUUUGCUGGUUUUUCACAGAAAUAAGUGCCACAAGUCACAAGUGUGCAAUUCGAGCAAGUAGGAUUUCUCUUCAUACUUUCAAUUUACAUUAUGUUGUUUGGCCUAUUAUGUAGCUUGUCACCCCACCUAUGAAUAAUGCUACACAUUACAUGCUAUAUUAUAAUUAUUUUUUAGAUAAUUGUUUUUGGUGAAGAUUUUAUACUUAGAUUGAAGUUUGUAUACAUAUUUUAAAUGUAUAUUCUGUAAGAAAUAUUACUACUUAUAUGAUUAUUGUUAUAUUUUUGUGAUGAUUUAGAUUAUAAUAUUUAUGAUGCAUAUGCAAAAGAUUUUGCAUUGUUAUGCAAGGAGAGGAUAUGAGAAAAUAUUGAUUAUGAAUUUGAUUAUUAUUAUUAAUAUUUCAAUUAUUUGGUUGUUGUACAAAAGGUACUAUUGUGAGUUUUGUUAAAUGUUUCUUUGUUACUUAAUGUUUUGUAUGUCUGUGAUUUGACGUGAUGAAUAAACAAACAAAACAAAAUCCAUCAUUUAAUUUUGUACUUUAUGUAAAAAGAAUAAAUAUAUUUCAUGAUA